UCGAUUCCAAGAAUAGCUAACAAAACACAGACGGAAAAGACGUUAUUGUCUUUGUCUCGGUGACUACAAAGAAAGGUUUCUUCUCUCUCGCCUUCGAAAAUAACAUGGACGUUGAAACGUUUCUUAACGAUCUUCGUGCUCAGGUAUCUUGUCCACUUUGUAAAAGCAUCUUCACGGACCCAAAACAGCUCCCUUGUCUCCAUGUUUUUUGUCUGCAAUGCUUGAAACAUCGACACGAAACAAGCCAUGAUCGAGACAUUAUCAAAUGUCCGGAUUGCCAAGCCCUUUGCACAGUGCCUGACAGUGGCGAUUUGAAAGAUCUACCGACCAGUUACUAUCUGAACGGUUUGAUUGAUGUGUUAGCCAUUAAAGAGCAAAAAACCAGCCAAGUACGGUGUGGAAAUUGCGACAAGGAAAGCUCUGAGAGUUUUUAUUGUUUCCACUGUCGCAUAUUUUAUUGCCAAGAGUGCUUCACUGGACACAACAAGCUUCGAGGCAACGAAGAUCAUCGCGUUCUGGCGCUCAAAGAUUUCCAAGACAAGGACUUUGAGGAUGUGUUAAAACGACCCUCUUUCUGUCAAAAGGAGUGGCAUGAGAAAGAAGAGCUAAAAUAUUUCUGCAAGACUUGCGAGGCGGCACUUUGCCAAACUUGUGUUUUGAUGGAUCAUGUAGGUCACGCCAUGGUGCAUAUAGAUGAAGAAGCUGAAAGGCGAAAGAUUGAAAUCGAAUCACUGAUUAAAGCACAGAAAUGCAGUUUACGAGAAAAUAUGAACACUAUUGCUAAAAUUGAUGAAGAAUGCGCCCAAGUGAUACAACAUGGCGAAAACGUGAAAAGAGAUGUCCAAAAGUUUGUGGAUAAAUUAAUUGCAACUAUUGAAGCGAAGACGCAAAAUGUUUUGGCAUCGGUGGAAAACGAAGCGAACGGAACUAUAAUUGCGCAAAAGAAGGAGAUGGAGAACCAGCUAGCGUUACUGGAAUCUUCAUUGGAAAGAGCUGAUAAACUUUUGUCGCGGGGUACAGACAUCGAUGUCGUUCAACUGAGUCAGUUUAUGGAGUCAAUGUUCUCAGACGAGACUGAUCCGUUACAGGCAGCGGACAAUGAUCCUGACAGGUUGCCUGCUUUGGUUUUCGUGGGAAAUGAAAGUUUAUUGGAAACCAUUAGCGCCGAAGGAAUAGGAACACUGCAAUCAUGAACACUACACCAAACAACAUCACCACAGUCUGUCGCUAGAAAACGCAAAGCGUUUACAGAAAGACUGGUCAUUUAGCUAUGAGAUUUUCGUGUCGCGAUAUAAUUUUAAUUUGUAUUAUGGAAAUCUGAGCGCGACAUCAGUUUUCUCCGUUCGAUAGCAAGUAUAUCAGUAGGUUUAGAAGUCAAACAGUCGAUUAAAGAGGUACUUUACGAUCAACUUUCGUUUAUAUGUAGUAGGCUUGUCUUAGUUGGCCAUCCCUACAGUGAUUUUAUGUACAGGCAACCGUUUUUGUGGUUCUCUCAUGGUGUUAAAUAUAUUAAGCUUGUUUAUUCCUA